AAAGAGAGGUUUUGGAUUAAACCUUUAUUUAUAGAUUAAGAUUAACCUUUGUGCGUGCCAAUGGUAAUGAGAAAACCGUGUCGGUAGGUUACAUCCUUACAUGGUACAACCAAAAGUUAGCAAAACUAACUUUAGUUUUCUGUGGUCUGCAGUUCCGUAGUUAUCUUAGUGGAAACGAGUUUGAUGGAUCAUUUUAAUUAUAAGAGAAUUAAAUAGUUUAGUCUCUUUAUAUGAUUAUGAUUUCAUUUUUUGGAUGUUAAUUAAUUUUUAAUUCUUAAUUAAUUAUUUCCGACAUAACUAAAUUUUGAUCAAUAAAUAUGGGGCAUAGUUAUUUAAUCUAAAAUUGUUUCUUUUUAGCAGGUCACAAAUUAAUAGGAACAAACAUCAACGCCCGUUUUCAUAAAGAUUUACUUUUACAUCGAGGUGUACAAACAGAAAUAACGAAAAAUUAGUGCCUUUUGAAAAGAAGACGACCGUGUGGUGAUGGCAAAGGAAGAUGACCCUUGGCAAAAAUGUGUUACCUGGCCAUAAGUAGAAAAAAAAAACAACUAAUUCCGCAGUCGUGCCCAACAGUACUAGUGAAAAGCAUUAUUGAAUUUAAUUCUAAUCAUUCCCAAGAAGAAGAACCCAUAAGUAACCAAGUCCGUGUAUAAUUUUGCACGAGAAUCUGUGAAACGUACUGAUACAACGGUAAAUUUUUAUUGAAAAUAUUUCCACAACAGUGGCGUAAGUUUCUUGGUUGAUGAUAGUGAGCUUCUAGUACAAAAAAUCUUAAUAACUUGGCCGCUCAUUAUUUUAUUGGUAUUUUAUAAUUCAGCAAAAAUGGCAAAAGAAAAACCAAAAGGCACCCCAAACUCAAAAGGAAGGUCCAAUCACUCAAUGAACCCUGAACGUUCUAGAGAUAAUCUAAAGGGGGUAGCAAAACCCCGGACCAAGAGUACAAUUAAACGUUUGCAAAUGUAUAGAAAUUUUAAGAGCAAAAGGGACAAAACUGGAAAGAUUAUUAAACCAGCUCCAUUUCAAAGUUGGCUGUCCUCGGGCACACAAGCUCGUGUAGAACCUAACCAAAAGUGGUUUGGAAAUACACGUGUUAUUUCGCAGAAUUCAUUGCAGAAAUUUCAAGCAGAAUUGGGUUCUGCAAUAAAAAAUCCUUAUCAAAUUGUUAUGAAUCCAACUAAACUUCCUGUUACAUUGCUAAAUGAGAAAUCCAAAAAUGCGAGAGUACAUUUGCUGGAUACAGAGAGCUAUGAAAGCGUUUUUGGUGCAAAAAAGCAAAGAAAAAGGCCAAAUAUAAAAAUAUCGGAUUUAAAAGAAUUUGCGAAUGUUGCACAACAAAAAGUAGAUGAAUAUAAAGAUGAGAACGAUUCGAACAUUAUCAAAGACAAUGAGGGAAUUAAAAAUUUAGCAAGAGAUUGGAUAAUGGGUGCAGGGCAGUCUAAAAGAAUAUGGAAUGAGUUGUAUAAGGUUAUUGACAGUUCAGAUGUGUUGUUACAAAUUCUUGAUGCCAGGGAUCCUAUUGGAACAAGAUCAACAUACUUGGAGAAAUUUUUGAAAAAUGAACACCCUCAUAAACAUCUGAUUUUUAUCUUAAACAAAGUUGAUUUAGUGCCUACAUGGGUGACACAGAGGUGGGUGGCAAUUUUAAGCAAAGAAUAUCCAACGGUAGCAUUUCAUGCUAGUCUUACACAUCCAUUUGGAAAAGGGUCUCUGAUAAAUCUUUUAAGGCAAUUUGCAAAACUUCACAUUGAUAAGAAGCAAAUAUCAGUAGGAUUCAUAGGUUAUCCCAAUGUCGGCAAAUCAUCUGUGAUUAACACACUUCGUAGUAAAAAAGUAUGUAAAGUGGCACCAAUUUCUGGUGAAACAAAAGUUUGGCAAUAUAUUACUCUCAUGAGGAGGAUAUAUUUAAUUGAUUGUCCCGGAGUUGUGUAUCCAUCUGAAGAAACAGAUACAGAAAAAGUUCUUAAAGGGGUUGUAAGAGUUGAACUAGUAAACAAUCCAGAAGAUUAUAUACCAACAGUACUUGACAGAGUUAAAAAAGAUUAUUUAAUUAAAACAUAUAAAAUAGAAGAUUGGAAAGAUGCAGAUGAGUUUUUGGUCAAAAUGGCCCAGCGAUCUGGCAGGCUGCUCAAGGGAGGGGAACCAGAUAUUGCGUCAGUUGCUAAAAUGAUUUUAAAUGAUUGGCAAAGAGGAAAACUGCCAUUUUUUGUUUGUCCUCCUGGAUUUGAAUCAUCUAAAAUACAGGAAAGUAGCAAUAAAGAUGAAGAGCUUAAUGUGAUUCAAGAUUUUAGGAAAAUAAAAGUUGGUCUAUCUUAUGAGGGAGAUGAUAUUAGAGAUUUAGAAUCCACCUUAAACUCUAAUGACUCAGCCAAAAAUUCUAUUUCAUCUGAAGAUGCAAAUAACAGCAGAAAUAUUGACAGUCAGAAUGCAAGUAAAGAUGACAGUUCAGAUGAAGAACAUUUAAAUGAGGAACAUGAAUAUCAGUUUUCCUCUAGUGGAAAAUUUGAAGUUGAGGAUUUGUCAGGAAAUGACCAUAAAGACAAAGAGAUGGGUGAAAUUAAAUUAAACAGCAAAGAAAAAAGAGCGCUUGAACGAGCAAAGAAAAGAAAGAAAAUAGGUAGUAACUUCUAUGAAGUUACCAAUGUUAAAAACAGAAAUCGAAAAAAGAAAAAGCUUUAAUAUUUUGCGCCUGUUUGGUAAAAUAAAGUUGGAUAGAAAUAA